GAAUGCAGUCAUCUUUAUUGAUCAUUGAAAUAACAAAUCCCUGAUUCACUGAAAGGUUUGUUCACAAAUCUGACGGUCGAAGCGUAAAUUAUUGGAUUUCGAAGCCCUUCUGAAUAAGCCGGGUCAUGUGAGAAUGGACGAUACGGAUGAAAUAGAUUUUCUUAAUUAUGUUUCUUCCGGACAAUAUGACAGACCCCGUGAGCCCGUUUUGAUAAAAGGCUGUGGAGAUGUAACAAUCUUUGGUAUGAACAAUAAAUUCAAGGAAGAAUUCCCUAAUGAAUUACAUGGUAAACUAGCUCCUGAAGAAUUUGAGGAAAGUAUACGUAAAAUUAAUGAGCGCUUGGAGAAUUCACUACCUAGUCAUGUUAGAUGGUUUAUUUGUGGAUUAUUGUGUUGUUGUUGUACAGCUGGAUGCUCACUAUGGCCAGUAAUUCAUUUAAGCAGACGAACCAAAAGAGAUCUACAAAAAAUACUGGAAGCUGAAAAUAUUCGAUUGUAUUGUAAUAUUGGUUUACGUUUGUCUUUGGUCAAACAACGGUCUUCCGAAACAACAACACUGAUGGAAUACGUUCUUCGAAUAGAUCAAUUGCCAAAAGCGUGUAUAUAUUUUCCUGAUUGAACUUUUCACAAAAUUAAAACAAAAAACGGGCAUCAUUAUCAUUUCUGAGGGAUUUUUACUUUCAUUCCAAUUUCCAUGAAAAAUGUUCAGUAAUUUGAUUUUUGUAGUGAUAUAUCUUCCUUAUUUUCAUCCCAAAAUGUUGAGUUUUUCUUAUCACUAUUACUAGUCCUAUGUUCAGCUGAUUAUCAUAAACAAUAUCAUAUUGAACCAUUCGGUUGUAUACACGAGUUCAAUAACGCUAUGUUUAAACUGCAGGUUUUAACUAACCUAGUAGAUCUGAACAGUUUGUUGUGAAACAUACUGUUCACUAUCCACUAUAUAUAUAUAUAUAUAUAUAUA